AGCCUCGGGAGCUGCGCUCAUUCUCCUCCCUCUCCUCGCCAGCCGGUGUGUCCGCGGCGGCAGGAGGAGGCGGGAGGGGAGAGGAGGAGGAGGAACAAACUGCAGGGCAGCAGCCCCCGCUCCGGAGUUACUGCCCUCCAGCAGUGUCCGGUCGCCUUCGCAGCGAGGAAACAGGGAAGAAGCAGGGAACAGGGCUUUAUUUUGAGGGGAUGCUGAGGGAACCGCUCCCCUCCCGUAGCGCGCUGCCUAGGCGUUCCUAUUAUGGAAGUUAAGUGAGAAACUCCGCAGCUUGAACUGAUUUGGUUAGAGAAAAGGAGAGAAAGGGGCAGGGGGAGGGCGAGAGGAAAGCAAAAUAGCCAAACCGAGCCAAUGGUUUUCCUGCAAAGUGCCGGGAAGUUUGUGGAGCACUUUCUAGGAAUCGGGUCCUUUCUCAGUCUCUCCUUGUCUUCCGAAGAAAGAGCUCGCUUUUGGAUUGCCAUGGAUCCUAAAGAGAGUCCUAGACAUACUUGAAUAAUUCCUCUGCUUGGGCUGGAUUGGUGGCAAUUUAGGAAGGAGCGUGUGUGCAAAGCAGAAGCCUCCGGAGCUCGCUCGCCGCUGUAAUCUGUAUGGAUCUAAAAGUGUCACAUUCAGGACCUUUCCGUCUGCAGCUUUUGAUUUGAAGAUUUCCCUUUCCACUUUAAGAAGCUGCUAGGAAACUGAAAACUUUUGGACCUACCUCUUACUGGUUUUGGAUACUUUUUUUUUUUUUUACUUUUUUUAUUUUUUUUUUAAAUCUCUGUGGAAUUGGUCUUGCAGGCGAUUGGGAUUGCUUUUAAUAUGUCAAAAUGGGUCUGCUGACGCCACUCCUGCUCUUUGGAUUUGCAUUUGCUCAAGUCUAUGGAUCUCGUCUCCGCCAGGAGGACUUUCCACCACGGAUUGUUGAGCAUCCUUCAGAUGUAAUAGUCUCUAAAGGAGAGCCGACAACUCUGAACUGUAAAGCUGAAGGACGGCCAACUCCUACUAUUGAGUGGUACAAGGAUGGAGAGCGAGUGGAAACAGACAAGGAUGAUCCACGCUCCCACCGCAUGCUGCUGCCCAGCGGAUCUUUAUUUUUCUUACGUAUUGUGCAUGGACGCAGGAGUAAACCUGAUGAAGGAAGUUAUGUUUGCGUAGCAAGGAACUAUCUUGGAGAAGCUGUGAGUCGCAAUGCAUCUCUGGAAGUGGCAUUGCUACGUGAUGACUUCCGCCAAAACCCUACAGAUGUUGUGGUGGCAGCUGGAGAGCCUGCCAUAUUGGAGUGCCAGCCACCUCGUGGACACCCUGAGCCUACCAUCUACUGGAAGAAAGAUAAAGUCCGUAUUGAUGACAGGGAAGAGCGGAUCAGUAUACGUGGUGGGAAGCUGAUGAUCUCCAAUACAAGAAAAAGCGAUGCUGGCAUGUACACUUGUGUUGGAACAAACAUGGUGGGGGAGCGAGACAGUGAUCCGGCAGAACUGACUGUCUUUGAACGGCCUACGUUUCUCAGGCGACCCAUUAACCAAGUGGUUCUGGAGGAGGAGGCUGUGGAUUUCCGGUGCCAGGUGCAGGGGGAUCCCACACCAACAGUCCGGUGGAAGAAAGAUGAUGCAGACUUACCAAGAGGAAGAUAUGACAUCAAAGAUGACUACACUUUGCGCAUUAAGAAGGCCUUGAGCACAGAUGAAGGAACCUACACAUGCAUUGCUGAGAAUCGAGUCGGAAAAGUGGAAGCCUCUGCUACCCUCACUGUGCGAGCUCGCCCCGUUGCUCCCCCACAAUUUGUGGUGAGACCGAGAGACCAGAUUGUAGCCCAGGGUCGAACAGUGACUUUUCCAUGUGAAACUAAAGGAAACCCUCAGCCAGCUGUUUUCUGGCAAAAAGAAGGAAGUCAGAAUCUACUCUUCCCGAAUCAACCUCUCCAACCCAACAGCAGAUACUCAGUGUCACCAACAGGAGACCUCACUAUUACCAACAUUCAGCGGUCUGAUGCAGGCUACUACAUUUGUCAAGCACUAACGGUUGCUGGAAGCAUUUUAGCAAAGGCUCAGCUGGAGGUUACUGAUGUCCUGACAGAUAGGCCUCCACCCAUCAUCCUUCAGGGGCCCGUCAAUCAGACACUAGCAGUGGAUGGGACAGCUUUGCUGAAGUGCAAGGCAACUGGCGACCCACUUCCUGUCAUCAGCUGGUUAAAAGAAGGAUUCACCUUCCUGGGCAGAGACCCUCGAACAUCUAUACAGGAUCAGGGAACGCUUCAGAUUAAAAAUCUGCGGCUGUCCGAUACUGGGACUUACACUUGUGUUGCUACAAGCUCUAGUGGGGAGACAUCUUGGAGUGCUGUGCUGGAGGUGACAGAAUCUGGUGGAGCAACAGUCAGUAAAAAUUAUGAUAUAAAUGACCUCCCCGGGCCACCAUCCAAACCUCAAGUCACUGAUGUUACUAAGAACAGUGUCACCCUGUCCUGGCAACCAGGGACCCCUGGAAGCCUACCAGCUAGCGCAUAUAUCAUUGAGGCUUUUAGUCAAUCUGUGAGCAAUAGUUGGCAAACGGUAGCUAACCAUGUGAAGACCACUCUCUACACUGUGAGAGGACUGCGCCCCAAUACAAUCUACCUGUUUAUGGUGAGAGCUAUCAAUUCCCAAGGUCUUAGUGAUCCCAGCCCAAUGUCCGAUCCUGUCCGAACACAAGAUAUCAGCCCACCGGCACAAGGCGUGGAUCACAGGCAAGUCCAGAAAGAACUGGGAGAUGUUAUUGUACGACUGCAUAAUCCUGUUGUGCUGACACCCACGACGGUUCAAGUCACCUGGACGGUUGACCGACAAUCCCAGUUUAUUCAGGGCUACCGAGUAAUGUAUCGCCAAACGUCUGGCCUACCUUCUCCAGCUGUAUGGCAGAAUUUGGAGGUCAAAGUCCCAACUGAGCGCAGUGCUGUCCUUGUCAGCUUGAAAAAGGGGGUCACAUAUGAAAUUAAAGUUCGGCCUUAUUUCAAUGAAUUCCAAGGAAUGGACAGUGAAUCAAAGUCUGCUCGUACCACAGAGGAAGCUCCAAGUGCCCCUCCUCAGUCUGUUACUGUAUUGACAGUUGGAAACCACAACAGCACAAGCAUCAGCAUCUCCUGGGAUCCUCCCCCUCCAGAUCACCAAAAUGGAGUCAUCCAGGAGUACAAGAUCUGGUGCCUAGGUAAUGAGACUCGAUUUCAUAUCAACAAAACAGUAGAUGCAGCCAUUCGGUCUGUAGUAAUAGGUGGCCUAUAUCCAGGUAUUCAGUAUCGUGUGGAAGUUGCUGCAAGCACCAGUGCAGGUGUGGGAGUAAAAAGUGAGCCACAACCCAUAAUAAUUGGAGGUCGUAACGAAGUUGUCAUCACUGAAAAUAACAACAGCAUAACUGAGCAAAUCACUGAUGUUGUCAAACAGCCUGCCUUUAUAGCUGGCAUCGGUGGUGCAUGUUGGGUAAUUCUGAUGGGUUUUAGCAUCUGGCUGUACUGGCGCAGAAAGAAGAGGAAGGGGCUCAGCAAUUAUGCUGUCACUUUCCAAAGAGGGGAUGGAGGACUAAUGAGCAAUGGAAGUCGACCAGGUCUGUUGAAUGCAAGUGACCCCAGUUAUCCUUGGCUUGCAGACUCUUGGCCUGCCACAAGUCUACCGGUAAACAACAGCACUAGUGGACCCAAUGAUCUUGGCAAUUUCGGUCGUGGAGCAGAUGUGCUACCACUGGUGCCAGGGCAAGGAGAUAAAACCGCUACUAUGCUUUCUGAUGGAGCCAUUUACAGCAGCAUUGACUUCACCACAAAAACGAGUUACAACAGUUCCAGCCAAAUAACGCAAGCCACGCCAUAUGCCACCACCCAGAUACUGCAUUCCAACAGCAUCCAUGAGCUGGCUGUCGACUUACCGGAUCCUCAGUGGAAAAGUUCAAUUCAGCAAAAAAAUGACCUGAUGGGAUUUGGGUACUCUCUCCCAGACCAAGGCAAAGGCAACAAUGCCUUGCUUUACAUCCCUGACUACCGCGUGGCUGAGGGAUUGGCUAAUAGAUUGCCACACAACCAGUCACAGGAUUUCAGCACCACCAGCUCCCACAACAGCUCCGAAAGGAGUGGCAGCCUCUCAGGUGGCAAAGGAGGGAAAAAGAAGAAAAACAAAAAUACUGCCAAGCCUCAGAAAAAUAAUGGUUCAAACUGGGCCAGUGUUCCCCUCCCACCCCCUCCUGUGCAGCCACUUCCAGGCACAGAGCUGGAACACUAUGGGGUGGAUCAGCAAGAAGCAGGAUAUGACAGUGAUGGCUGGUGUCCACCUUUGCCAGUUCAGACCUACCUACAUCAGGGCAUGGAGGAUGAGCUUGAAGAAGAUGAUGAUCGUGUUCCCACACCUCCUGUCCGAGGAGUAGCAUCAUCACCUGCGAUCUCCUUUGGGCAACAGUCAACUGCAACCCUCACGCCUUCUCCACGAGAGGAGAUGCAGCCAAUGCUUCAAGCCCACCUUGAUGAAUUGACUAGGGCUUAUCAGUUUGAUAUAGCAAAGCAAACAUGGCACAUCCAAAGCAAUACACAGCCUCCUCAGGCUCCAGUUCCACCCCUAGGAUAUGUGUCUGGAAACCUUAUUUCAGAUUUGGAAACAGAUGUUCCAGAUGAUGAUGAGGAUGAUGAUGAGGAUGAUAUUGAAGAAGAAACUAUAGAAAUCAGUAGGCCGCUAAGAGGUCUAGAGCAUACUCCAGGCUCCAGUAUGGAUAAUCUAGACAGCUCUGUGACAGGUUCAAUGGUAAAUGGAUGGGGUUCUGCGUCUGAUGAGGACCGUAACUUUUCUAGUCAUAGAUCUAGUGUAGGUAGCUCCUCAGAUGACUCGAUCUUUACCAGCGGCAGUUUUGCACAAGCACUGGUUGCAGCAGCAGAUAAAGCUGGGUUUAGGCUGGACGGAACCAGCCUGACAAGAACAGGCAAAGCAUAUCCUUCCUCUCAGAGACCUCGGCCGAGCAGUCCUUUUUCUACUGACAGCAACACCAGUGCAGCUGUCAAUCAGAGCCAGAGGCCGAGGCCAACUAAAAAACAUAAGGGAGGACGGCUGGACCAACCCCCCUUGCCUCAUCGUAGGGAGGGAAUAACAGACGAUCUUCCGCCACCACCCGACCCGCCCCCCGGUCAGGGUUUAAGGCAACAAAUAGUCCCCGGCCAGCGCGGAGGCUCAGCAGAGAGAAAAGGAAGCUCUCUUGAGAGGCAGCAUGCACCGAACGUAGAUGAAACAAAGAGCUCCCUGGACCGGCAAGCUAGAACGUCACUAGAGUGGCAGCGGCAAACCCAAGAGUGGAUAAGCUCUACAGAACGCCAAGAGGAUUUCAGGAAAGCCCAACACAAACAAGCCUUCGGAUCAGAGGAGGCACUCGUACCAUAUAGUAAACCCAACUUCCCAUCCCCUGGCGGCCACAGCUCUUCAGGAACAGCUUCUUCUAAAGGAUCAACCGGACCUAGAAAAGGUGAAGUCUUGCGAGGAGGUCACCAACGCAAUGCCAGUGACCUUCUCGAUUUAGGCUAUGUGGGAUCAAACAGUCAAGGACAGUUUACUGGUGAAUUAUAGUAGUUGAGAAGACACAUUGCAAGCUGCUCUGAUGGACCAUCAGGUCUGAACUCAUGGAAGUGAUGACACUAAACAGUGCAAUGAACAUUUUCUUUAUUUAUGUACUAUUAAAAGAACUGUAAAUGCAAUGUAAAGACACACAGCCACACAUAUCCCACAGAUACUUUACUUGUGUUCUUCUCCUUAAUACACCAUCCACCUUAAACUAUUUCUUGUCAGGAGUAUAUAAAAAAAAAAAAAAGAAAGAAAAAAAAAUCGCCCUCCAGAAUGAAAAGGAUUUCCUUCUGUAUAUAAUUUCUUUUGUUGCAUUGCUAUGCAAGCUCACCUUCUUUUUAGCUAUGUUCAUAUUCAUGUCUGUUUUAUUGGUCUGUUGUACUAUAUGUGAAUUAAUAGGCUGUGGUGCCAUAUAUUAACUUUUAAUUGUGUAACUUUUAUGUUUAAAGUUUGCACUGCAAUUUUAUUUGGUGAUAAGCACAAAACUCUACUCCUCAUGACAUGAAGAAAAAAAGAGACUGAAUGUGUGAAGGUUUACAUACUGUAAGCUACUGGAUAAUGCUGGAUGUAAAGACGGAUGUUAGGUGGUUUUCCAUUGGGGUGUAGAAAUGAAAAAGUGACAGGCAAAAUUGAUGUCAGUGAAGACAUUAGAGACAGAUUUAAAUCUUUUAAAAGUAAGCAACAUAGUUGCUCUUCCUAUUUAUGAAGGGGUCAGAAGUUGGAAGUGUGAGAUUAAAGAGUGAAUAUGAAAAUAAAGGUAGCAUGAGAUGGCCUAGACCCUUUCACUAGAAUGAUGACCUUAGUAUCAGUUUUUAGCCAUCCCAUGCCACUAAGUAAAAGGGAAGAAAAAGAAACCUUGCUACAAACUAAAGAACUUAAGGUGUUUCACUAAAGCUGUUUUUAUAUUGCAGUUUUAAAAGAAUUAUUACCAUUAAUUUCUGCAACCCAAAAUAAAAAACAGAGAUUUCACAGGAGAAACAAGCUAUAUCAUCUCAAGGAAUACCUAGUAAGUAGUUAUGGAUGCAAUUUAUUAUUUAGACAUAUUCAGGCUGCUUCCAAAAAAUUGAAAUGUCAGAGUAUCAUAUUUCAUCUUUCCAAUACAUGUACAGUACAAUAGAGGAUAGAGCUGCACCACUGAAAUUCAUGACUUUAAUUGUUUUGAUGCAGUCUAAACAAACCUUUGUUUUGUUACAUGAAGUCUGCUAGAGGUGAAGCUGGAUCCACUAACUUUGUAGUAAAAUGUUCAAUGUUUGGAAGGAAAGCAAUAGUCAAAUUAUUUUCAACUUGCAUUAGGUACAUUUCUGGCAAUUCCAUACCUCCAAAAAGCUGGAUAUAAGCAAAGAAAAUCUGACCUGUGUUUUAGUGAGUGGCUUCAAACUCUACUAUGAUAAGGAAAUAAGAUAUGUUUAUACACUUUUGAAUAAACCAAACUCUGUAAGUGGACACUAAUGACAGCAUACUGUCUCUUCAUUAGUUUUCAUAGCUUAGUCCAAAUCUUCUGUAUCUCUCAAAUUUCAAUGAGUAAAUUUUCCAACUUUUCUUAGAAUAUUCUGUGUGGAUAGCCCACUCAUUUGAUGCUUAUUUUAAAUUUUGCAUCCUACAGCUUAUUUCUGUUAGUUACCUGACCAUGAACACAAGUUUCCAUUUGAAUAUUCUUUUUGUAUAACCAGUCUAUGUUGUUUUAUAUAUUGCCUUGGAGCUCACCAGUAUUAAAAACACUUUUAGUAAUGGGAGAAAUUUAGAAAAGUAAAUUACAAUGCUAAAUAUGUGUUGCUUUUCAUUUCAUUAACUUGUUCCAUGAUAAGAUAAAACACUACAGCCAUCAAAUAUAACUCAGCACUACUGAAUCUUAAAAAAAAUGCUAGUUAACUUCCUUAAGGUCAAGACUGUUAUUUAGCAGAUUAUAAAUCAAAAAAGUUGAGAACAAAAUGUGUGCAUUUAUUUAUAUAUGUGACCAAUAAGUAUAUGUAAUUUUCCUGCUUGUUAAACCAUUAUAGUUAAAACCAUUACUUAAAAAUGUGCAAAAUUGUUCAAGCAAGGUAAAGAAGGCAUCUUAUUUAUAUGUGUAUGGUUCUUAUUUGGUAUUAUCAUAUGAAGAGAAGACUAUUCAGGGUACAAUUUAAAUUUAAUUCUCUGGAAAAUGUUUGUCAGUCACUGGUAGGGUUUUUUUGUGCUGAGCUUUGGUGGAACACCUUACUCACUAUGUUCUAUUCAAAAUUCAACACCAUUAGACUUUGAUAAAGCCAUCCCAAUUACCUUCAAAUAUGUGUUUUAUCUCUUCCACUGGAAAUUAAAUGUGUGUCAGUAUUAAAGCUGUGCAGUACCAUGAUAUUCACUAACUUGUCCAUCUGCUUCUGUACAUUUCUGUUCAUUAAUAAUUUGCUUACAAUAUUACAUAAGGUGUUGUGUAUCUCAAAUUGUCUCCAUUAUCUUACAGGUGAUGUCUCUUCUUUUUUUUUCUCUCUCUCUUUUCUAUACAGUGUACUUCCAAUGAACCACAGUACAUAUUUUUUAAAAUGCCAUUUAAUUUACUAUUUUGAAAGAAGUAUUCUUCUUUUUUUUAAAAAAAAAAUUGAAAACAUUUAUUGUGAAUAAUGUGUUUAAAGAAAAGGGAUGUUGUGGCAGCACUUAGAAUUGUUUUUUAAUUUGUGUUUUUUUAAAAAACUGUUUAUUGGCUACAGUUUGUUCACAAAAAAGUAUGACCUCUUAAUGUGUUUCAUUGGUAUUGUUAGUGCAGCAAAGUUUAAUUGGCAUAAAAAGUUGGUUAAUAGUACUGUUGAAGUGUGUAUUGUAUAUUUACUGGGGAAAAAUAAAACAUAUUCACAUUUCAAAUCUAUGUUAAAAGACCUUGAGUAAGGAGUCAAUAUGUGAAAACCCAAACUGGGAAAAUCAGGCAAUAAUAACAUAGACUGAGCUAUAAUCAUCACUGUCCACUUACAGUAACAAAGAUCUUUUUAUAUGCUGAUUUUUGAACUAAGCUAACAGCUGUCUUAUAAACAUUGCCUGUCACAGGAAUUUCUGUUUAAGGUCCUGUCUAUAUUAGGAGUAGUUGUAUCAAUGUAAUAACACUGAUACAGCUCUUCUAGUGAACAUCCUCUGUUUGUAGACACGCUAUCUCAAUGUAAAGUGAGGGCUGGAAGUGCACAACUUAUUUGCUUAAAGCCGAUAAUGUAGUAGAUGUGUAAAACCUCUGUUCAUUGGGUCUGAACUCUUGGACCUAGGAGUUUGUACUGAUGCAGCUACUGCCAACCCACUACAGUCUAUCAACACAACCUAUAGAUAGAUGUUAGGUCAAUUCUUCUCAAUCUUUACAUUGACUAUAAGCUCAAUUUUAAAUACAGGAGAGCUGAAGGACCAAAUACUAAACUGUUACAUGUGCUUCAGUGGUGUAGUGCUGUAUGGGCGGCUAUUUCAGUGAUGCAAAUAACAAGCAUUUCUUUUUCGUUAUUUAAUAUUUCUUAACUCCUUAUCCAAGUCAGAAAACCUUUUGAGUAACUUUUGACUGCCACUUGAAUACUACAGAAACAUUGUUCCUUGAGAAAAGUACAAAUGAAAAGGAGGAUGGAGUGUUUUAAGUAUAUUGAUUUAGCUAUACACCAAUGUAAAAGGAAGACAUGUCUGUUUGAAAUAAUAUAGUGGCUCAUGCUUGCCUCAGCCAGUAUGUUGCCAAGCAGUUGUAUACUAAGGCUGAGAAAGAGUCCUCACAACUGACAGAGGAAAGGUAUUUGGGUUGGGGGAGAUUCUGGCAGGAACUUUUUCCUUUUUUAAAAACUUUGGGCAGCUCCUCUGGCUUUUCUACAAUUUAUGCAGUUUGGGGUUUUUAUGAUUAAUGGCUUUGUGGAAAUUUAGUAGGGGGACUAGAAGGAAAAAAAGUUGUCCUUCUUUUAUAAAGACUGGGGAGAAAUUGUUUGCUGAGGGGAGGAUUUUUUAAUUUCAUUUUUAUUUUUUUAUCAAGUUUUGUUCCGUCUGUCGGGAACAUGUUAGCUAAUAAUAAAUUAUAUUUGAAAACCAUGUGGGCAAUGGACAGUUCAUUUAGGAGGUAUAUGCAAACAUCAAGAAAGACGGCAAAGAUUAAUUCUAAAAAAACACAUAUUUUGCCUUAGUAUCAGCCCAGUCCACUGGAGGUUCAGAUGUAAUUCUGAACUUUUGAUGGUACAUAUAAACUUCUUUACUUUUGGUUUCCAUUCCAAAAUAAAUUAUCCAAAGUCCACAGGAGGCCUAGAUCCUCAGGACUGUAGGACUGGUACUGUAAAUGAGUGGUUAAUCCAAGCUGGUGGGACUGGAGGAUGCUCCAGGUGUAGAAUUCCCCAGCCCUGGCUGCUCACCCCCCAGCGGUCUCCUGCCGGGAAACACAGGUGGCUCCGGGCUCAGCUGGUUUCAGUGAAUCCUUCACUCGGCACUUCGUCAGCCAUCACAUACGUAGAGGCAGAGUAGUUCACCAAGGAGUGAGUUUUUCAAGGCAAGGAAGGUGUCCCAUGAGUUAGGCAUUGUGACGGUUCACAUUAGGACCACUUAAUCAGGCAAGUCUCACGUUUUGUGACCGUGAUCUGCAGUCCUUGUCUCAGUGCUGUCCUGCUGUGAUCUGUAUACUCAGUGCUGCUGUUAUCGCCUGGAUCUGGGGUACCUGGCACGGUGGGUACAAGAGAAGAAGUGCAGUUUUGCUGGGUCACGUAAGGUUCUGCAUGCAUUGAGAGGCUGGUUAUAUGCCCUACUAGUUAAGAGGGGCCAGUACAAAGUAGGCAGGGGUCAAAAAAAUCUGUUCUAUUGUUUCUAGGUGGUUCUCUGCUUCCAUUUCAGACUGACCUCUUCUCUGCCAGUCACUCCUCAACCCAAAAUAAGAGUUACGGCUUAGAGACUUCUCAUGGGGUCCAGAAGAGUUGUAGGGCCGUGCUUCUGUGCUGUGAACAUGGACAGGGGAUUUGAGGAGAGCUAGCUCUCAGGUCUAGUGUUAGCGUGAGGACUAGAUUGCCUUUACUUAACUGUGUAACUGCAUCCAGGAAGGCCCAAGCAGAAAAUAAGUUCCUAGAGCACAACCCAGCAUUGCAGCAUCUCUUCUGGCAUGUGACUCCUCAUUCAGUCUGUUUCAGACCAUCCUGAGUUUGAUGCUGGCUUCUCACCAUAUCCUGAGGUGUGAAACGGCUUACACCCACAUUUAGGCAAGUGAGGUGGUUCCUCUCUUCGGGGGGGAGGAAAGAGAAAGGGGGGAGGAAAAAACCAACCCCUCCCACCCGAAAUACCAAACCUGUCACUUCAUCUCAAACCCUUUGAAACAAUCUUCAAAAAUCCCAGAAACAAAACCAAGGCAUUUUAGAUGUAUAUGUUUGGGGAUUUCUAUCUUUUUUCCUUUUCUUGGUAUUUUGUGUUAGCUAUCAUUGAGAUGAUCUUUUUUUUUUUUUUUUGGAGUUGCUACACUUUCUCUCCACCCUUUCCAUUCUCCAGUACUUCUCUUUCAGCUGUAAAGAAGUUAUGGUAGACAGUAAUUACAUUUGUCUAUUUUCCAUGUUAUAGCUUUAAACAAGGUGCACAGUUGCAUUUGGUUUAAUUGAUCAAAGCCAGAUGGGUUUGUGGUUUUUUUUUUCUAAAAAAAGGCCUGCUACUAUUUGUGGUGAUAUUUGUUCCCCAUUUAUGCUGAUCAGUGCAUCUUUUGCCUUCAAGGAUGCCAUUAGUAAUUCUCAUUUGUGUUCAAAAGCAGGAAUCCAUUGUGCAGCACUUGGAGAGCCACUCGGAUGCAGGUAAAGAAUAUAACAGCUUGAGCAAGUGCUAAUUAGAACCAAUUAAACUUAAUUGACCUCCUUUGGCAGUAAAAUGCAUAAUAGAACUUGCUCUGUCCUUGCAAAAUGGAGAUCUCGCCUCUAAGCAUAACAGUGAAGCAUGAUUUCAUGUACCAGCCUGUAGUAAUUAUGUGGAUAUAACAACCAGGAAGCGGCUUGUUCCAAUUUGUUCUAAUAACUGAGCUGUACUGUAUCAGGGCAAUGCAAUAAAAGAGAGAUUUCUGGUUCAGUCUAUCUAUUUAAAAACCUAAUUUUUACAGAGCAUAUGAACAUCCCAGGAUACCAAUACUAAUCUCUAGGAAUGAGUUAGCAGAAAAAUAGAGUCCCCUUUAUAGGUAAGUAAGAGUGUAAGCAUAAAAAAGGCAGUUAUAUGACUGCAAGUUGGAAAUGGCUCUGAUGCUCAGAGGCUGUAUCUAUCCUGAGUAGUAGGUGUAAGCUCUGGUGUGCCUGGGUUGGUGCCUUCUCUGGGUGAAUGACCUACCUACAAUUUAGCAUGGCUCCUCACUGCCCCUUGCAAUGAGGUUGCCUUCUGCAGACUUAUGCUUCAAAAGGAACCCUGUUAUUCAUCCAUCUGACAUUUGUGGUGCCAUGGGACUGGGGGACAGACAGGGUGUGUGCACUACUAUCAUGGGCACCAAUGUGGAUAUAGUUAGAGGUACCCAAAUAAAAGUAGAGAGAGAAAGAGCAGAGGAGAAAAUUAAGGGUAAGAACUGUGCAAUUGUAUGAAUUCUAAAGGAUCAGUGGUGAGUGUUAAACUAUCCCUGUGAAAAGCUGAAAAGCCAUUCUUAUUAGCAAAACACAAUUGAUUCAGUUUCAAUAACCGUGCUUUGCUGACUUUUUUUCUUAGCAGGAACUGAAUGCGACUGAUUUUGCUGCUAACUUGGCCUUACUAUUAAAAGCAAUAAAGGUGUUAGUCAGGUGGGGACUUUGGUGUGACCAAUAACAUCACUCUCCCUUCAGGGAAUGUUCAUGUGCUGGCUUGUUAAUGAAUUUCUUUUCUAAUGAGUAUCAUUAAAAACCCUUUGAUUAGCUAUUUGUGUCAAUGCCCUUCCUUCUUCCUCUAAGCUGCUGCUUGGCUAGUGGCAGCAGGCUUUUGCCCUAGGCAGAAAGCAUGCAGCUGUAUUCCUUAUCUCAUAAUAAAAGUCUGAGGCAAACUGCAAUACAAAGGAGAUAAAAAAAAAAAAAAAGUAAAAAAAAAAAAAAGACGUCACAGUUUUGUUGAAGUUGUUUUCUACAUAUGUACAAACUGAUCGGGCCACUACCAUUUAGACAAGAAUGUCAUUAGGGGAAAUGAAGAGCAAUAAGUAGUGAUGGUGAAGCAUGUAACAAUAAUUUACAUACACCUUGAGUGCCAGUAGGCAAAAAAUCAAAUAAAACUAUAACCUAGGAAAAGAGGAUGCCAGGAAAUAAACGGACUGCAACAAACAAACAAAAAAUGCUAUGUCAUAAAAUGUAGCAAAAAGUCUGGAAAACAAAAUUGAAACCAAACCAAGGCACUUCACAUCUCAGGCCUCUUAAUGAGAUAUUGAUGGCAUAGAAAUUGCUUACUCCUAUGCAAGACAAAAGGAAGACUGAGAAACACAAAACAAUUAGGAAACAGAUUUUGCUAUCUAAGGCUUAAUAGAAAGAGAUGUGCCAUAGCAGAGCACAAUUAAUCACCAUGUGCCUGAAACACCUUCUUCUCCUGAGCUACUGCAGACCUGUCUCCUCCUUCCCAAUCUUAAAAUGACAGACACCCAGUUCAGUGGUAUUUUAAAUAAAUCUCUCUCUUCUAUUUCUUCCUCAGUCCUUCAAUUCUCCUGGUGAAUUGCAGCUACUGAUAAACAAACCUUUUGCAUUUCCUCUGGUGUCACAAGCUUCAAACUCACUUCAGCCUACCCACCCCCUUCAUCCUGCUCUUCUUUUUUCUCAUCAGGCAUACACUUCAUCUACAUAUUUUCUACCUUGUUGUUAGGCAUAUAAUGAGGCCUUUCUAUUUUUGUCCUUCUUUACCCAGAAAGCUGCCUUAGAUGCAUUGCUCUUAGAGAUGUUGAAUAUGAGGUUUCAGGUCAUUGAAUAUGGGGUUUCUCUAGGUCAUUGGGUGCCUUUAGGGCUUUUAUAAGUACAGGAGACCCAUUGAUGAGUCUUGAUUUGAGUGUUUCAGCCCUGUACACAGAGCCUGAGAAACUCAAGGUGAAUGAUCACAGUUGCAGAAGGAUUAAGGCCGCGUGUUGCAUCCAUGGCUACUGUGCUGUAUGUAGUUCUCUGAGCCAAUGUAUUUGUAUUAAUAGCAGCAGUGUAAUGUACCUUAAAACAUCUGUAAAGUAAGUACCUCUAAACAGUGACAACCUGAGACUAAAUCUUGGGUCUGAUGAGAGCUGAGUUAAGGCCUCAGUCUUUAAUCAGGACGAAAUAUUAGAUUUUCCAGGGUAGUCUCUGGGGUGUGGUAGCAGAUUUUUGCCCAUCAAAAGACUGCCUUUCUGUUCUACGUACCUUACAGCCAUGGGAUAUUCAAACAUAUAAGGGAAUAUAUAUAAGGAACUUUGAAUCUCCUUAUACCAUAGUACAUAUGUACUUUGGAUCUUUUGCAAGUUACCUAAAUCCCAAGUGUUUUUACAAGCACUUAUCACUAAGAAUAUUCAAAGAAGAAUCGCUUUCUAUAUAUUUGUAUUCUUUACUGUUUGUGCAGGGCCAUGAAAGAGAAUACCAAUUUCAGUUCGUGGUUGCUGUUAUGUUACACUUCUGAUUUCACUGAGGGAUUUAUGAGGUAUGAUUCUCAUAGGAAAACACGUCAAUUAGAAGCUAAUAGUAGAAGUAUUAGACCUCCCAGAUCCUGCAGGGACCCUCAUACUUUAGCUGAGGGUAAAACCUUUCAGUACUUUCACAGCUACUUCUUUUUUUAAUCAAUUGAAUCAUGGAGUUACAGUAUUUUGUAAUAUUCCCAGCAGAGCUGUCUGAAACUCAGUUGCUCUAGCCAGAAAAUCCUGCUUGGACCAAUAUUUACACUUUUGUGGGACAAGGAAAUCUUAUAUGACUUUUUAACAGCAGCAGGAUGGUUAAAAAAAAAAAAAAAAUUAGCAAACCCCAGGUAAACUCAACCGCUUUUAGUGAGCAGCUGAGGUUUCCUCUGCUUUAGUCUCUAACAUAAGCCAGGAAAUGUUUGGCGAAGGGAUGUCUUCAUGCCUGCUAAUGUCCCCAGCACUUCUUGCCUCACCGGUGACACUCCUAGCUGGAGCAGCCGUGAGAGUGGAGGGCAAGGAAAUAAAAAGGAAAGGGAGAGGAGAAUUGAGACAUACCAUAUUUCAACAACAGUUUUCACAACAAAACAGAAUUCUUCUGGGUUUUUUCUGGCCACUUCUAUAGUGCAUUGUGGGUCAAGUAUACAACGAUACUCCUUUUGCUUACUGUCUAUUUUUUUUGCUUUAGAUGUGGAUAAACAUAAAUGGCUCUCUCAGAAAAGGAGAUCUCAUAAAAAAACAGCAUUAACUUCCAGAACAAUGUGGGCUUGUCCUCAGUGCAGGCCUUUGAUCAUCAAUAUCAGGAUGUGUCAGUAAAUUGAUUAUCAUUCGUACACCAUUCCUAGUGCUGACAAUAGUAAUGACAGAAUGAUCUUAAUUGGUCCCAGGGAACAAAAAAGAGACACAAAAUUCUCUCUCUCUUUUUUUUUUUUUUUAUGGUGAACAGUUCCUUUUUCUUUCUUGUCAAGCACUCAAUAUUAUCAUGGUAGUCUUAAGGGCAUUCUGAAGCAUCUUACGCUCUUCACUUUCUUAAAUCCAUUUAUUAAGUUGGAUGUUGUUGAGCAUGAUGCUGACAUUUGGUGAUUCUCACACAGUUUCUAAUAGCUGCAGGGUGCUCAUUUUUGGAAGCAGUUUUAUGAUGUUACAAAAUGUCUUCUCUGCUUUUGCUGGCACAUAUCACAACAUAUAGCCGAAGCAGAGCUGUCAGGACAGCAUGGCUUUAUUUAGCAGAUCAUUGUUUGUCAUCGAACUGAUAUUCUUUGAAUUUUUUCAUCUAUAGUAUUGUUGUCAAUGGCUAAGAUUUCAAAGCUUCAUAAAUGAUUGCGCAGAGGAAGAUUAAUCCAGCCAGCAAACUUUCUGCCUUUAAGAUUUUUGUAAAAGUCAUUAACAGGGAAACAAAUAAUUUUCACUCUCUGAUGAAGUCUUCAUUAUGGAGCAUCUGAAACCUUGUUAUAAUGUGGAUGACUUUGACAUUGUAUCUGCAGCUAAGUGUUUGCAUUUCCAACAGCACUCAUACAAAGGGAAUUGAACACCACAAAGAGCUUCUGAAAGUAGCUUAACUUAAUUUUCCUCUGUAUUCAUACAGUUUACAGGUUUACUAAGGGUCUCUCAUGUUAUUUACAAUGUCUUUGUUUACCAAAUUCUUAUUUUAAUUCCCUUGUAUAUACAUCUUGGUGAAUGUCAACGCUUGUAACUAUCAGCUUUCGAUAAACAAUCUGCAAGAAUGUGAGUUGUGUAGGACGUGAAAUGAGUAGGUCACUCUAUAAUGAGCAACUGCAAAGGGAGGACAAGUUAGCUUAAAACACUUUCUGUAUUUGUCAGAUUUAAUUUGAGGUUUGGACUGCGUGUAGGUUCAGAAACACUUGUCACAGGUGGUCAAGACAUGCUAGGAAGAACUACAGUGAAUAAUAAGACUGUUGUGCUAUGAUGUUAAAAUAACACCUGAAGCAACCAUGGUAGCUGUUGUUUCAUUUUUCUUCAGCACUGAUUUAAUUAUUCUGAAAUGAAACAUUGACCUGCUAGUAGAUUCUGUGAUAUUGAGGAAAUGCUAAUAACAUAUAUUUGUUCUCUGUUCUCUUUUUUACCUUCUACACAUCCAACCCUCCCCCCUCCUCCACAAUAGACUCAAGUACUUACUUGAGGUGUAACAAAUUAUUGUCAUACCCCUGCUGUUAAAGCACUCCUGGAUGGCUGCAUGGGAAAAAACCCAAACCAACAAAAGUUAUUUUUUUAAACACUCUAUAGAACUUUUGUCAAUAUUCACAGCUCUCCAGAAAGAAAUCUUUUAUUCAGAAAAAAAAAUUAAGGUUCUUCAAUGAAACAGUUUGAUAGAGGCAUUCAUUCGCUGCCAGACAGAACCUAAUCAUUGUCCUUUAUAUACGUAUUAAGCACCAUUUUACCUACAGCUAUCCCAAACAAGAAGUGAUGUUACUCAGAGGACCAACGCCUAUCCUGUGCUGCUCACACAAGACACUUCAACCUUCCUUAUUCAUGUAAUUAAUUUUUUGCACAGCUACUCUUAAAAUUUCUGAUGUUCUUCAGUCUGGACUCUUAACAUUCAUAAUGCAUCCUUCUUUAAUACUACUUUAAUUUUCUUACCUUUGGUUUUCCUUUUUUUUCUUAAAGGUACGAUUUUGUUCUUUGAGCCCCUUCUACAGAUUGUAUGUUUAUUCUUUGCUAUUUCUAUAAGAGAAAUCAGAACCUAGGUGUUAACCCUGUUUGAGCAGAUUCAUUUACAGGUAGCUCAUACUUAGGUACAUGUUAUGUAGCUGUUGCCACUUUUACAGGCAUAUGUUGUGUAUGUGUUCAGAUGUUCUUUCCUUUGGUACCUUGUGUGACAUGUAAAAAAACUGGACAAAUAAAAUCUCAGCUUUGAGAUUUUUCAUACCUCCUGGGCAAGCCUAUUUCCCUCUAUGGCAUGUUAUAUUUACUGAAGGAUGAUGAAGCUUUGAGCAGUUUCAUACUUCCAAAAAUUUUCCUUCAACUGAAAAAUUACUAAUGCUGAUUACGUCUGGAAAUUGAAUAAGCAACUUCAGCCUCUAUGAGCCUGCAUGCACGUAGUCAGCUAGUGAUUUGGAAUGGCUUCAGCUCAGUAGAGCUAGUCAGGGAGAGACAGCACGUGGCCAGCAACUUCUCUCAGCUAGAGUCAUAAAUCAUCAUACAACCUGGCAUUUACAAAUUGGUCUUGGCCUAGAGCAUCCAGAAGCUUUGUGAGAAACCUGGCCAGGGUAGAGCUAAAACACUAACAGCAAGCAUCUUGGGAGAUGCUUUCAAACUUCUAGCUGGAGGUGGAUAUGUAAACAAUAUUCUUUAGGGGCAAAUUUCCAGGAAAAUCUAUUGCAAUUUUUAAUUUGUCUUCAAUUACUUUUCCUGGAAUUUUCUUUCAAUUCAGUAGCUAUCUUCGUUGUCCAAAUGAGCAUGGGCGAGGUGGAUCUCAGAUGACAGUUGGGCUCAUCUGUCAGCAGUGAUGUGAGAAAAACAGCAGUCCAGUUGCAAUUUAGCACACAAAAUGUUGCUGUUAAAGGGCAACCAGUUCAUUGAACUUUGCUGAAAGUGAUGAGGCUUUCCAAUGGUUAUUUAGCCUGUUAGCUGGAAGACAGUUCUAAUCGUCUGAAUAGCUGUCACAUAUGGUAAAUCUCCACACAGAUUGAAAAUAGGCUGAAAAUUAAUGAGUUUCAAAUUUAAAGACUCAUGUGUCUUGAAUAUAUCUACUUUUUUUCUCAGAGAUUUUCCCAUUAUCUUUCCUCUCCUAUUCCUCAGUCUUACCCUUUCCUUUUUACAAAUUCUUUAUCUCAUACACAGUCAUUGAAGCACUUUUCUGUGCAUGUGCGUGUAUUUAUAAAAUAGAGCUUAAACUGAAAGUUAUAAACAGGCAUUUCUGUAUCUUAAUCUACCAGCAGGUGAUUGGCACAACUGGAAGAGUGAGGGAACAACAGCUCCGUUAAGAUGUUCUGUGAAAAAAUGGCAUCAACUUCAUACACAAUUACACACUUACUAGUUAGUGUGAAUUAAAUGCUGUUUUCUGAACAUUUUACUAUAUCUAUUGGCUGCUAAUCUUUGUCUUUUCACUUCAGCUUGUCCUCAGAUUCUUUACUCCUUCUUACUUCUUUCUACUUUUCCCAUCUGCCUCUUCUCUAAUACUUUGCUUUGUCUAGGACUUCCAACUCAUGCUGCUUUCUAACAUAAGUCUUUCUACCCUCUAAUUUUCCAAGAUCGUCCUUUUCUCCAUCUGCAUUGCUAAUGUAAAAAUCAUUAUUAUAAAUAUGUCAUUCUAAUACGUGAAUAGCUAAAUCUCUGAGAAGGCAUACGACAAGCUAGCUCUCUCCAGAAAAAUGAGUAGAAUCAAAUUCACUUCACAACUAAAGUGACUGAUAGCCCCAUUUUAUCAGAUACCUGAUUUCUGCUUGUUACAAAAUGUGAAAGGAUUUUCUACAUCUGUAUGUGGGUAUAUAACCAUCAGAGAGGAAUUAAUGAUUCGGUAUGCAUAUAUUAGCUCUUUAAGAAGAUCUUGCAGGAAAAUAUCAAUCCUUUUGAGAGUCGGGGGGCAAAAGAAGCUGGAAAAGCCUAUUUCUUUUCUGUAAUCUCCAUGGUGCUGUUACAGAAAGAUUUAGAAUUGCUUGCAGGCCUAUUGGCUGGUUAGUGUAAGAUGUGAGUAUAGUAAAAUAUUGUUCUUUUUCCUCAUUAAAUUAUUGAGUCCACUUCGACGUAAAAUCCAUAAAACCUAUUGAUUUGGGGAACUCUGAAUCAUCAAUAACACAAUGGCUUGUUUGUGGAAUAAAUAUACAAACUGGAAAUUAAAUGUCAUUGAAAAGGAAGUGAAUUUUUACAAAGAUAAUAGAACUUACCAGUAUAGUUUAGUCUACUGGUUUAACAGUAAAGGAGAACAGAUUAGGAUCAUGUUUUAAUCCAGCUGAUUUCAAGCGCAACUGAAACUGGUGUUCUCAUCUCCUGACAUGUUUUUGAGAAUCAGCAGGAAAAUCAUCCUCAUCCUGAAGAACAGCUCUUAUUUUGGUUGGUGCCUACAGGACAGCCAGAUCCCAGAGAGUACCAUGACUAUGAGCAGGGCCACGCAGGGAGUGGAGGUGUUAUGGGGCAGCCUACAGGGCUUUGGAUUGCUCCUACAUAUUGACUACUCAUUUGCUUCUUUUGGAGAGGGAGGAAGACAGUCCGAGCUUCUCUGUGUCUUGUGUGACACUGACACAGCAAAUGUCACAUUUUUGGUUUGUUUUGUUUUAAUUCUGCACCCUACUGAGCUUUGCCUGGAAAAAAACUUCUGCAGGUCCCCAUAAACUUCUCCGAUGACUUUUGCCUCUGUCUGUAAGGUUGGAUAUGGUGGAUAUAUGUCAAAGUGGCUUCUCCCUUCCCUCUCAUUACUUGCAGAGUAAGCCUGUAGAACUAGGAGGGGAAGAAGGUACUGACUUUUGUGGGGGCUUUGGGAGGCAGUGAGGGAUUUAGAAACAAGGAAAUUGUUUGAGUCUCCUUCUCUUUGUCCCAUGCGCUAGAUCUUUCUUCCCACCACUGCCUCACCUUCCUGAUUUUGUGGGUUUUGUGUCGAUUUCUCUAAAUUAUGGAAAUGCUAAUCUUUUGAAUUUCAUUUGUUGGAUGCUGAAAAGCAAGCCUCCUUCGUGAUGCAAAGAUUAACAAAAUAAUUCCCGGUAGAGGGUUACAACACUCUCAUUCUCCCUUUUCCAGCAUGAGCUUAUGGCUUCUGUGUAGUCUGGAACCUCAAAAUUGCACUAUCUCUGAGAUGCUCUUUUUCCUCUGGCACUGCUAACUAGAAGGUAGAGAUUUCUCAAGGAAAUCUCCAUUUCCAUGCAGUAUUUAAACAAUCUGCUAAAACUUUAUAUAAACGUAAGUAGACUGAUUGUUUGUCCAUUUGUUAUCUGGAGAGCUACACACACUGAUGUUGAUGACUACAUGGAUUUGUUGCUGGUAUGAGUUUCUAUAUCAAUUCUCUCAUUCCAACCCUUCCAAACAGUCCAAACAACUCUUCAUGUGUGUGCAUUGCAAAUUGCUUGGCAAGUGUUUUCUAUUGACAUCAAACUAGUGAAAUGACAGGUAAAUUGUUUUAUAGUGUAGAUUACAGACUGGAAACAUUGUAUGCAAGUCUAGCUAAGUUAUAGAAGUAGCCAGCUGCUAUUCAAAACAUCACUUUCCAAUAAUAGAACAUUAAUUGUCAAAAUGGAGGGAUCAAGGGGGUUUGUUAAUGUGUAAAAUAACAUCUGGCAUCCAUGCUUGUUUGUUUUUGAGCACCUCACCAGGCACAGACGAUUACACCAAAUUACACUAGUGUUGAGAACAAGGAUUACACUAGGUUUCACAAAAUGAUUUCAGUGAAGAUUAUGGCAUGAAUUUAUACCAAAUCAUGAAGGCAAAGCAAAACUUGACAUACCUUGCAUUACCUAAACAAUUAGUCAUUAAAAAAUAUAAUUCUAUAUAAUACAUAUCAAGUCUGAAUAAUAUAUGAAUGCACCAGCAUUUUACGAAAAUUCACAGACAGAUGGAUAAAGUUGGCAAUAAACACUAUUUCUCUUUGUUUCUGUGUCAUCAAGACCAUAGCUAAUGAAAGAAUGUUGAAAAGAGUCUUCACAACCUCAGUAAGAUUUAUAUUUUGUCAAAGUAGUGCUCAGAGAAGAAGGUUUCAUGAACCAAUAAAGAAAUUCCAUGGGUAUCUGAAUUAUAGAAUUGCCUAUUAAAUGAAAAAAUAAAUACCAGAGCUGUUGGGGAUAUUGUGUUUGGUGUCACUGUCUGAUAAAUUUGUUUUAAAAUAUAAAAGGAUUAAAAAUGAUCAUUACUUAGGCUAGGAUUAGUAAUAAAUAAGCAAAAGCUAUUUUGCUAAAGCCCUAGGUGAACAAUGGCACUUGAAAAUGAAACACUGGCAAAAUGCCCAUCUCCUCUGGGAAAAGCCAGCAGUUUCUCUUUGUAAGCAAACAGCCUACAGAAUGCAAUCGUCUUCCUCGUCCAUUAAGAACAUCUCAACAGGGCACACUUUCUCUGUGGUUUUGUGAUUACUUGUUUAAUCAUAAGUAAUGGUUGCAUUCACAGAUGCAAACACAGGGAUGGUAAGUUUUUUCCAUCACAUAUUUGAGGAUCAUAUGUUUACAUCUAAACAUAUUUAUAUCUGUGUGUAUGUGGUUCUGGUUUUUUAAUUUCCUCUCCAAAUGUGUCUUGCAAGAAUGAAAGACUAAAAGCUAACCACAGACUUCAAGAACUGAUUUUUCUCACACGUGUUUUUAAUUUUUUUUUAAUAUAUGUCUUACUGGAAACAGACACAUUCCAGCACACACACACAGAGCAGAAUUUUCCUACUGCGGGAGUUCUGGCAAAAGAUAUUUGCACAGUUCUUCAUAAUGAUCUACCUUUGAGAAUGGUGUGGGGUGGAUUCACCCCAAAAUAAAUAUGUCAAAAUAAAUACAAUGCCAAAUUCAGCAUUUCAUGUGUAACGUGGGAAAAAGUUUAUCAUCCCAUGUUGUUUGGGACAACAUAACUUGGACUGUGACUUACAUCCAUAGUUCCUGGCUAUGAUUUUGUUCUGAGGCAAGUUUUAUAGAAUCAUGUAUUUCAUUCUUCAUGAAAAUGGCUAAAAGACCAUUUCACACACACACCCUUUUAAAAAGAUUGGUGCCACCGUAACAUGUACAAACAUGGCAACAACUUACUAGAAUGCUCCCAUACGGCAAUACAAACAUCACCAUUUCA